AUGCGCUGUUCGGCGGACGGGAAAUUGGGCGAAGGCCGGCCAGGGCCUGGUCUGAGUCUGAAGGGGACUGGGGUCCCACCGGAGGCGGGGAGUCCCAAUCUGAGUCACAGCACCAAUGAAAGAGAGGUCCCAGAGCUCUGGGUCGGGACUGAGGUGACAGAGCGGAAAAACGCGAGAAGCGGUGUUCCUUCUACACAGAGGCUAGAGUGCGGAUCGGCUGAGUCGGCUGCAGGCGCCCCUGCCUCCGUCAGCGUCCAGGUGACCGCCGUUCCCGCCCCGCUCUUCCCUGGCUGGACGGGAGGAGGCCACGCCGAUGAACCUGACCGAGGUUGUUGGCAUGGAGCCAAGGAUGAGGAGGUACCUUCCAAGCAGUGUGUUUCUGUAAGAGUGUUACAGGUCACAACUCCAAAGCCAGCUUUGUCCACCCUGAAGGCCCAGCCCUGCAAGAUAUGUAGCUCACUUCUGAAGGACAUUCUGCACCUGGCUGAGCAUGAUGGAACACACCCUGAGCAAGAGCUGUACACAUGUGCAGCAGAGCAUGCCCUGCACCAAAAGGAGCAGAUUAGAGAGAAGCUCACCAGAAGUGAUGAGUGUAGGCCUUCAUUUGUGAACCACAGUGCUCAUGUGGGAGAGAGGAACUUCACAUGUACACAGGGUGGCAAGGAUUUUACUGCCAGCUCAGACCUUCUCCAGCAACAGGUCUUAAACAGUGGGUGGAAGCUAUACAGGGAUACCCAGGAUGGGGAAGCCUUUCAAGGUGAACAGAAUGAUUUCAACUCCAGCCAAGGUGGGAAAGACUUUUGCCACCAACAUAGGCUGUUUGAGCACCAAAAAACCCAUAAUGGGGAAAGGCCUUAUGAGUUCAGUGAAUGUGGGGAAUUGUUUAGGUACAACUCCAACCUUAUUAAAUAUCAGCAAAAUCGUGCUGGAGAAAGGCCUUAUGAGGGCAUUGAAUAUGGAAAGACCUUUAUUAGAAAGUCCAACCUAGUUCAGCACCAGAAAAUUCACAGUGAAGGCUUUCUUUCAAAAAGGUCUGACCCCAUUGAACAUCAGGAGAUUCCCAGUAGACCAACACCUUAUGAAUGCACCCAGUGUGGGAAGGCCUUCCUUACACAGGCUCAUCUGGUUGGUCACCAGAAAAUCCAUACUGGAGAACGGCCUUAUGAAUGCACUCAAUGUGCGAAGGCCUUUGUUAGAAAGUCCCACCUAGUUCAGCACCAGAAAAUCCACACUGAUGCAUUUUCAAAAAGGUCUGACCUCAUUCAACACGAGAGGAUUGACCUCAGGCCAAGGCGUUAUGUGUGUAGUGAAUGUGGGAAGGCCUUCCUUACACAGGCUCAUCUAGAUGUUCACCAGAAAAUCCAUACUGGAGAACGGCCUUAUGAAUGCAAUGAAUGUGGGAAAUUCUUUUUGGACAGCUACAAACUUGUUAUUCAUCAGAGAAUUCACACUGGAGAAAAGCCUUAUAAAUGCAGCAAAUGUGGGAAAUUCUUUAGAUAUCGCUGUACACUGAGUAGACAUCAGAAAGUUCACACUGGAGAAAGACCUUAUGAGUGUAGUGAAUGUGGGAAAUUUUUUAGAGAUAGCUACAAACUCAUUAUUCAUCAGAGAGUUCAUACUGGAGAAAAGCCUUAUGAAUGCAGCAACUGUGGGAAGUUUCUUAGAUACCGCUCUACAUUGAUUAAACAUCAUAAAGUUUGCACUGGGGAGAAGCCUCAUGAGUGCAGUAAAUGUAGGGAAUUGUUUAGGACUAAAUUGAGCCUUAUUAUACAUCAGCAGUCUCAUACUGGAGAAAGUCCUUUUAAGUUAAGGGAAUGUGGGAAAGACUUCAACAAAUGUAAUACUGGUCAGCGCCAAAAAACUCACACUGGAGAAAGGUCUUAUGAGUGUGGUGAAUGCAGCAAAGUGUUUAAAUACAACUCCAGCCUCAUUAAACAUCAGAGAAUUCACACUGGAAAAAGGCCUUAGUGGAGUGAAUGUAGGAAAGUCACCACAACUGUCACCUCAUUCAGCACCAAAAAUUCACAUCAGAGAAAGAACCUAUUAAUGUAUGUAAUUCUAAUGUUGAAAGAGUUCAGACGGAAAUCUGCAAGGAUUUCCUGCUGGGAACUAUGUUAAAAACAUUUAUGUCCAGGUGUGGUGGCUCACACCUGUAAUCCCAGUACUUUGGGGAGGCAGAGGUGGGCGGAUCACCUGAGGUCAGGAGUUUGAGACCAGCCUGGCCAACAUGGUGAAGCCCUAUCUCUACUAAAAAUACAAAAAUUAGCUGGGCAUGGUGGCGGGUGCCUGUAAUCCCAGCU